AUGUUCAGAUUUAGAAAGAAUUCAUUGUUGAACUUGUACCUGGAGAAAGAGAAUGAAACAGAGCACAUCCUUGUUAAUCAUGAUCCUCAAGAGGCGUUCAGCCUUGGAUUUAUCAUGAGACUGUGUAGCAAGAACGCCGAGGUGGCGCAGCGCUAUAAGCUGUGGAUAUUUCUGGCUAAGCGAUUGGGUGCCGUAGAUCAUCCUUCCGACUGUAGCCAAGUGAACUCUGCCUAUUGCUCCGGUGUCUUUAGAAUUACGCCGAGUUCUGGAUUAAAUUAUGACGUGUUCUGUGACCUCGAUACAGAAAACGGAUCAUGGACUGUAUUUCAAAACAGACAGGACGGUGAGGUGGAUUUCUACAGAAAUUGGGCGGACUACCAAAAAGGCUUCGGAGACUUGAACGGAAAUUUUUGGGCGGGGCUGGAUAUAAUCCAUCAACUCACCCUCAAGGAUUCCGUCCUGCUGAUAGAGUUGGUCUCAUGGUCUGGCGUUGUUGCUUAUGCCCGGUAUUCGGAAUUCAGCAUCGCAAGCGAGUCAAGUGGGUACCAGCUCUCUGUUGCAGGAUUUUCAGGAAACGUUACAUUUGACGCAAUGAGUUACCAUAAUGACCGCGGGUUCUCUACCUACGAUAAAAACGAUCGCUUUUGCGCAAGCCGAGCAUUCGGCGGCUGGUGGUACAGGAACUGUUAUGAUUGUAAUCUUAAUGGUCCAUACAAGAGAGAUAAUGGCAGUGAUAUUUACUCCUCGAUGGUGUGGUUGAAGUUCCUCCCCAACCGGAGAUAUGUACCUUUGAUGAAAACUAGAAUGUUGGUGAAACCGUCGGAUGAUUAACGUUUUUUGUUCAGACCACUGCGUCCUCUCCAUGUAGUGACUUAAGAGUCCGAUUCUGUACGAAACAAGUGUAUAUCAACGAAAUGACAUUACCUAGAAAUGGAAGGGUAACAUUCCUCCCAAUCGUGUUAUGUGUAAUCGAUUCUGUAACAUUUGUUUCCUACUCACGGACCUGACACAUUGGGUAUGAUACUCUGUCUGAGAAGUGUAUUUAAGUCUUACAAGAAUGAAGCAUUUUAGAGAAGACCAAAAAAUGAAUUAAUCAGCAUCAUCAUAGUUGUUUCGUCCCUAUAGGACUCGUCAGUGAUUUAAGGGACAUCAUACAGCUGAUUCGUCCUACUAGACUCGUCAGUGAUGUUAGGGACACCAUACAGCUGAUUCGUCCUUCUGGACUUCUCAGUGAUGUUAGGGAUACCAUACAGCUGUUUCGUCCCUCAAUCUAAUUAAAAUGUAGAUGUUUAUCCUCACUACGUUACAUGUAACGCAGUGAAAAUGACCAUCUAUAUUUUAAUUAACUGUAUAUGACUAGUCAGUGAUGUUAUGAGCCCUACUUAGUGAUACCUAGGAGUCAGCGUAGAUAUUAAAGUACAGAAAAAAACUGGUGAAGGAGCAUUUUGAAAAAUAUAUAAUUUCUGUCUCUUAGCAAUGGACAGUGUUGUGAUGUAUAGUAUAACUUCAAACCGUGAGUUAUAGGUAUUUUGUGUAGUUAUGUGAUGUCAACU